UUUCCUCUCACAAAAUUCAAGUCGGCCUUUAAACUUAAGAUCGGUUUCUUCUGGUCAAGAGUGUGAAACUGCGUGGUCCGGAUCAAGCCAGUCUUCUCUUCGUUCCACCUUUGAAGUCCUGAGCUUGCCUGACGUCUAUAGCCCCACCUCCCUCGGUGAAGACUCUGAAGUCAUGUCUACAGGACCUUUCCCACCUGCAAGUAAAGAGGGAAGUUUUGUUUCAGCACCCAGUUUUAGGUCCAAACAAAGGAAGAUAUUACACCUACUUUUGGAGAGAAACACUUCUUUUACCAUCCGUUCAGAUCUCCCUGAAUCUCCGGGAGACAAACUCCAUGACUCGGCAAACCUAAGCAUUCUGUCGGGAGGAACCCCAAAAUGUUGCCUUGACCUUUCGAAUCUUAGCAAUGGCGAGAUGUCUGUUUCUCAGCUUACUUCUUCUGCUGACCUUGAGGACAAUGAUAAACACCAGUUUAAAGGCAUUGGAAUGGGAGGCACCAGGACCCCAAGGUUUAGAAAAAUGCCUGGAGGCCCUCUGGCUUCUCCUCUGUGUGAGCUGGAAAUGAAGCAGCUGGGCAGCCCCAUUACUACAGUUCCUAAGCUGAGUCAAACCAUAAAGCUAGAAGACCAAGAAGGGAUUUCAGAAGACCCGAUGGAGUGUUCCCUGGAAGACCAGGAUGCCAAGGGCUUAAGUCUAAAGAAGAUGGUCCCUCUCUGUGACGUGAAUGCCAUUCAGAUGGAGGAGGAGGAGUCUGACUCGGAGCUUCUGAUUGGUGAUUUCUCAAAGGUGUGUGUGCUGCCAACGGUGCCAGGGAAACACCCGGAUCUGAAGUAUAUCAGCCCAGACACAGUGGCUGCUUUACUGUCUGGAAAGUUCCAGAGUGUGAUCGAGAGGUUUUAUAUCAUUGAUUGCCGCUACCCGUAUGAGUACCUGGGAGGCCACAUCCUGGGAGCCUUAAACCUGCACAGUCAGAAGGAACUACAUGAGUUCUUUCUGAGGAAGCCUGUUGUUCCUCUGGAUAUCCAGAAAAGAGUCAUCAUUGUGUUCCUCUGUGAAUUCUCCUCAGAGAGAGGCCCUCGAAUGUGCCGUUCUCUGAGAGAAAAAGAUAGGGCUCUGAACCAGUAUCCGGCAUUAUACUACCCUGAGCUGUAUAUCCUCAAAGGGGGCUACAGAGAUUUCUUUCCAGAGUAUAUGGAGCUGUGUGACCCACAGAGCUACUGUCCUAUGCUGCACCAGGACCACCAGGCUGAGCUGCUGAGCUGGCGGAGCCAGAGCAAGGCGCAGGAAGGGGAGCGGCAGCUGCAGGAACAGAUUGCCCUCCUGGUGAAGGACUGA